AACACCCCUAUAUAUUUGAAUCAAUACAACUAAGCCAGCAGAAUAAAAAAACAUAAAAAGAAGAUGGGUUUAGGGUUUUUGGCUUCCAGGGCAAUGAGAUCCCUUAAAUCUUCCAACCUUAGAAUGUGUAAGCGCUCCAUUGUCGCUAAGCCUGAACUCCAAUCACAAGAAUCUUCGCCUUGUGAAGUAGCUGGCGUGGAGGUCGAGAAAUCACCCAAGCUUGUUGCCUGUUGCUCCAUGCCUUCUCUUCCCGGGAAGAAAAUUAAGACUGAUUGCGGUUUAUCCACACUGAGAUUUUACCAUUCAUCAUAUUCUUCUUCAAAUUUUUCUGCUGGGAGUUGUGGCUUUUCCUCCCAAGCCAGUACGAAAAGCAGUGGAGAAGAAGAUGACUUGGAAGAAGGGUUUUCAGAACUUGAAACACCUUUUAGUGAGGCAGUGCAUGAAAGCAAUGUUGAGGAUGAAAAUGUGGACAAAUUAAUAUCUGAGCCAGGGCUAUCUGAUGAUAAUGAUGAUAUCAAAGAUCCUGAUCAAAGUGAUCUAGAAUCAUUAGAUAUUGAGAGUGAUCCAGCUAAGAAAAAUUUGCGAAAGAAUAGGAUGUUCUCAGAACUGUUCAAAACCAUCAUUGCUGCCCCAGGCCUGUCCAUUAAAAGUGCUCUUGAUAAGUUUGUUGAAGAAGGAAAAGAUUUGAACCAUGCAGAGAUAUCAGUGGCCAUGCUCAAUCUUCGUAAACGAAAAAUGUAUAGGAGGGCCUUGCAGCUCUCAGAGUGGUUGGAGGCAAAGAAGCAGCUUGACUUUGUUGAACGAGAUUAUGCUUCUCGUGUUGAUUUAAUUGCAAAGGUACAUGGCAUCCAUAGGGCAGAACAGUAUAUUCAGAAGAUCCCAGAAUCUUUCAAAGGGGAGGUAAUCUAUCGAACCUUGCUGGCCAAUUGUGUUGCUGUCACCAAUGUGCAUAAAGCAGAAGAAGUUUUCAACAAAAUGAGGGACCUAGAAUUUCCAAUUACCUCAUUUGCUUGUAACCAGCUGCUCCUGCUAUAUAAGAGAGUUAGCAAAAAGAAAAUAGCUGAUGUCUUGUUGCUAAUGGAGAAAGAAAAUGUCAAGCCCUCUCAAUUCACUUAUAAAAUUUUGAUAGACACCAAAGGUCAAUCCAAUGACAUAACUGGGAUGGAUCAAAUUGUUGAGACAAUGAAGGCUGAAGGCAUGAAACUUGACUUGAGUACACAAGCCAUCCUGGCCAGGUAUUAUGUUUCUGGUGGGCUGAAAGAAAAGGCAGAGUCUAUGUUGAAAGAGAUGGAAGGAGGCAACCUAAAGGAACACCGAUGGGCAUGCCGUGUUUUGCUUCCUCUGUAUGCAGAGCUUGAGAGGGCUGAUGAGGUGGGUAGAGUUUGGAAAUUUUGCGAAGCAAAUCCACGACUUGAUGAGUGUGUGGCAGCUAUUGAAGCUUGGGGUAGGCUGAAGAAAAUUGAAGAAGCAGAAGCAGUUUUUGAUAGAAUGUUAAAAACAUGGAAUAAGCUCUCUACAAGGCAUUAUACAGCCCUAUUGAAGGUAUAUGCAAACCAUAAGAUGCUAUCAAAAGGGAAAGAUUUGGUUAAGCAAAUGGCAGAUAGUGGUUGCCAAAUCGGACCAUUGACUUGGGAUGCACUCAUAAAGCUUCAUGUGGAAGCAGGAGAGUUGGAAAAGGCUGACUCUAUUCUGCAGAAGGCAGCACAGAAGAAUCAACUGAAGCCAAUGCUCAGUUCUUAUAUGGUCAUCAUGGAGCAGUAUGCAAAGCAGGGUGAUAUUCAUAAUACUGAAAAACUAUUUCAUAGGAUGAGACAGGUAGGUUAUGUGUCUCGACUCCGGCAAUUCCAAACUUUAAUCCAAGCAUAUAUAAAAGCCAAGGCUCCAGCUUAUGGAAUUAGGGAGAGAAUGAAAGCAGAUAAUAUAUUCCCAAAUAAGGCUUUGGCAGCAGAAUUAGUUCAGGUGGACGCGUUUAGGAAGACAGCAGUGUCAGAUUUACUUGACUAAGGAUUUCAACCGCUGCAUUUGGAAAGGCUGCUACUUUCUCAUAUAAUUCUGAUUUACUUGAGGUACUUUAGGUAAGCUUUUUUUUUUGUUGUGUUAGAAGACUUAGUUUGAACGCCCCUCCUGAUAACUUAGUAGGCGUUUUAAGAUGUAUGCCAUUGAUUUUGUUCUUUUAAGAUGUAUGCCAUUGAUUUUGUUCUUAUUUUAUGAAUUUCCCACAAGUUAGGCUGCU